UUUGGGUGAGUAAUGAGUAUACCAUGAUGGCCAUGCAUUUUUUGUCCUGUCAUGCAUGAUCAUUAUCAUCUGUUUCAUUAAAUAAUAUUUUGGCUGUUUGCCCGUUCUCCGUACGAUUGUUACAGUAAAAUAAAAAGUACAAUAUAGAAAAUAUAAUGCCCAACAGUUCGACAAAAGCAAAACCGUGGUCUCGAGAUGAUAUCCCAGAUCUGACAGGGAAAGUGGCCAUAGUUACCGGGGGAACGGGUGGGAUUGGCUACGAAACGACACUAGGACUGGCUUCUGCGGGGGCAGAGGUUGUCAUCAUCGGGAGAAAUGAGGAGAAAGGAAAAGACGCCGUCAAACGGAUGACAACGACCAAACCCGCAAUCAAGGUCUCCUUCGUCCCAGUGGAUUUGGGUAAUUUAGCUGCAAUUUCCGAGUUUGCCACGAAGUUCAAUGCUAGAGGAAUUGCGUUGGACAUAUUGGUGAACAACGCAGGAAUUAUUGGACCCACCACACGACAAACUACCGUUGAUGGCUUUGAAGCCGUCUUUGGGACUAAUCACUUGGCACCAUUUGCACUUACUGCACAGCUACUUCCGUCACUAAAGCGAAGUUCUGCAGCGAGGGUGGUGAAUGUCUCGAGCGGAAUGGCAGGCCUGGCGAAAAUUGAUUUUAACGACCUUCAAUCUGAAAACAAGAAAUAUUCGGGAAGUGGACUGUACGCACAAUCAAAGUUGGCAAAUAUUCUCUUUACAUUUGAACUUCAAAGAAGAAGUGAAGCAAAUGGCUGGAAUUUAACAGCAUUUGUUGUUCAUCCUGGACUGGUUAAAACCGAUAUGACUGUUGUUCGCCCUGGAAAUGAUUCAUUAUUUACUAAAGUUGUCGGGUGGACUUUGAUGCCAUUUUUCUCCCAGGAGCCUGAGGAUGGUGCGAAUUCUUCCCUUUUUGCAGCAACUUUUGCAGAAGCAAAGUCGUCCGAAUUUUACGUUCCCAAUGGAUUCCUGGCCAUGUAUGGUCCUCCCAUAGCUAUUAGUCCGCCGAAGGCAGCUAAGGAUUUGGCAACAGCAGAGAAACUUUGGGAGGUGUCAGAACAAUUGACUAAAGUAACGUGGACAUAGGGAAACUCCAAUGUAUAAUGUAUUUUUAUUGUCAUUACACGUAUAUACUCCCAAAAAUGUUGUACGAAAUUUCAGUAUUCCAUACAUGAAAAUCAUUCAGUAAUAAUGUUAGCAUUAUUUUUUCAGCUUAUGCACUUUGUUUGACUAUCUUAUUACCAAAAGCAAUUUAUUUAACUCAAAGUCUUUGAUCAAUUCAAUCUUUAUUACUUAUUUACGUGACUGUGAAUCAGCCAAGUGAAGUAAUAUCUAUUAUUCAAGUGCUAGCAACUAUUACUAUCAUUUGUUACAAUGAAAAUUAUUAGAGAGAUUGAUUGAAGAGACUCUGCCAUAAUAGAUAAAUAAUAAAAGGUUGAACUGAG